GGGUGUUUUCACUGUAUUAACACUGCAAAAAGUGUAUCUUGAAUAUAGGCAAAAGCAUUUUAUUUAAUGUCCUGACAUUUAAAAAAGUUCUAAUUAAUUCAUUAAAAUCCCUAACUAAUAAUCUCUCUAAAGAAAUAUAACUAUCUAUAAUAAUGUUUUCACUUUUUUAUAUAUAUAUAUUUACAGUGCAGCUUUACAGGAAUAACAAGUUCUAAUGUUGAAAGUCACCAGGUCAUGUCCAAUGUAUGCCUUUCACCUCUAAUGAUUUAUGUUUAAAUGGUUUAAAAGACAUUGUAGGAAAAAAAAGAUGAUUAUAAAAUGCGAGGUGAAACUGAAGCAGUAAGUGUUUGGGUGUAUUUAAAACAGGAUAAUUCUAAUUGAAGGUAAGUAAUAAAGGUGUUUGACAGUCUUCCAGUAAUAAUAAUAAUAAUAAGAAGAAGAAGAGGUGCCUAAGUUGGGGCUAAUUUAUUAAGUAAGCACCAGGGAACUGUUUAUUUCUUAAGGAAAUCUAUAAAAUAUAACUUACAUUUAUAAUGUCAGCACUGUCUAUUGUCCUGCUGUCUCUAUAUUUAGCUUUAAAAAACAAUCCACAUUUGCCAUUUUAGUCACACCUAUAGUCAUCCUGAUGGUAUGCCCUCUUUGCCACACCCAUCUACACUUAGAAUCAGGAAGUCGUUUGAGAAGGAGCACUUCAACUCUCCUCUCUCUCUCUGUUGUUAGUGAAAUGGCUGAGGACAGUAAUAUUUCAGUAGACCAUCUUCAGUUCAGCUGUUCGAUCUGCCUGGAUUUGCUGAAGGACCCAGUAACUACUCCAUGUGGACACAGCUUUUGUAUGGUGUGUAUUAAUGACUUUUGGGAUCAGCCUCUUCAGAAGGGGGUUUACAGCUGCCCUCAGUGCAGAGAGACAUUCAUGCCGAGACCUGUCCUGCGUAGGAAUAACGUCAUGGCUGAAGUGGUGGAGAAGCUCAAGUGGAAAGACCUAAGCAGUGUUUCUGCUUCUCGUUAUAGCUCAGAAUCGGGAGAUGUGGAGUGUGACAUCUGUUCUGAUAGCAAAGAAAAGGCUGUCAGGUCCUGUCUGGUGUGUCUGGCUUCUUUCUGUAAGACUCACCUCAAACCUCACUACGAAUCUAAUGCUUUUAAGAAGCAUAAGCUAGUCCAAGCAUGCAAACAACUGCAGAAAAAAAUCUGUGCUCGUCAUGAUAAACUGAUAGACUUCUACUGUCGAACAGACCAGACAAUCAUUUGUGCAUUGUGUAGGUUAGAUGAACAUAAAGGCCACAAUACGGUGUCAGCUGCUUCAGAAAGAAGUGAAAAACAGAAGCAGAUAAGGGAUAUGCAGAGGAAAUCCCAGCAGAAAAUCAUGGAGAAGGAGAAGAAACUGCAAGACCUUCAGCAGGCGGUGAACACUCUUAAGAGCUCUUCACAGGCAGCGGUGGGGGAAAGUGAGAGAAUCUUUACCGAGCUGCUUCUCUUCAUUGAAGAAAAGUGUUAUGAGGUGACCGAACUCAUCAGAGUUCAGGAGAGAUCUGAACUGGAUCAAGCCACUGGACUGCAGCAGCAGCUGGAGCAAGAGAUUGCUGACCUUAAGAAGAGAGACACUGAGCUGGAGCUGCUAUCGGACACAGAGGAUCAUGUGUAUUUCCUCCAGAGCUUCCAGCCCAUCUGGUCCACUUCUAAAGCUAAGGACUUAUCCCGGAUGACUAUAAAUCAACAUAUUUCAUUUGAAGGAGUGAGGAAAUGUAUCUCGGAUCUGAAAGAGCAAUUUGAGGAAUGCUGCAAAGAUAAAUUCAACCAAAUCAAUCCAAAUGUUGCCAAAAUUCAGAUGAUUUUACCCUGUGAACCAAAGACAAGAGAAGAAUUUCUCCAGUAUUUUUGUCACCUGACCCUGGACCCCAACACUGUAAACGAGGCACUGUGGCUUACUGAUAACCAGAGGAAAGUGUCACGCAGUGGGAAACUAAGCCCGUACCCUAGUCAUCCAGAGAGAUUUGAUGGUUAUGGUCAGGUGCUGUGUAAACAGAGUGUAUGUGGACGCUGUUACUGGGAGGUUGAAUGGAGCAGGGGUGGAUGGGUGUAUAUCUCAGUCGCGUAUAAAGGGAUCAGCAGGAAAGGACGCGGUAAGGAAUGUUGGUUUGGACACAACACUCAGUCCUGGAGUCUGGAGUGCAGUUCCACUCUGUCGUUCUGGCACAAUGACGUUCAGACAAAGAUCAGUGGCCCAUUAUCCUGCAGAAUUGGAGUGUAUGUAGACCAUAGUGCAGGAACUCUGUCUUUCUACAGCGUCUCAGACACAAUGAAUCUUCUAUACAGAGUCCAGACCAUGUUCACUGAGUCACUCUAUCCUGGUUUUUGGGUCAAUGCACUUGCAACUGCUAAAUUAUGUUACUCUGUGGACUGACAAAAACACUUUAGAAUGUGUUCCGCAAUCUGAAUACACAAUCUGCAGCUGUGUUAUGCAAUUGUGUAAAUGAUUACACAUGGUUAUAUUUUAUUAUUGGGAUUGGAUUGUGAAGCCGGUAUGUUUUGGUCAGUAUUGUGGUGGGACAGUGGUUAAGGUUCUGGGCUAUUGAUUGGCAGGUGGAGAGUUCAAAUCCUGAUGCUACCACUGUUGGGCAAGAUCUGUUACCCUUAACGAACCUUUGCGGUUCAGCUGGAUAAAAUUGUCUGCCAGAUGAAUAAAUAUAAUUAACAUAAGAAUAAAUUUUUAACCAAUUUAAAUGUUUGUUACUAU